AUGGAUCUCUUGGAUUCUAUAUUAGGUUCAAUGGAUAAACCACCCACAAAAGACAAAAAUAAAUCGCAGAUUUACGAAAAACAAAAGCAGCAGUAUGAAACCCAAAAAAAUAAACAGCGGGAAGAACUGAAUCGCUUUCGAUCGUACGUGGAAGAGCGGUUAGGACGUUUUAUGAAAGAUGAUAAUCGACAUUACAUGGAAUUUCAGUCGCUGGACCAAGUACAUCGAUCCAUCGUUCACGAUAUUGCAGAGACGGCCGGACUUUUUGGAUUGAGUUUUGGGAUGGAAGGAGAACGUUACAUAGUGGUGUACAAGAAAGAACAUCUACCGUGCGAGGAUGAGGUGAACGCUCGAAAGAAUGGCGAAGCAUGGAACGAAGAAACCGCACAGCAAUAUGCAGAGCGUGCCAAACAGUUGCGUUUAAAAUUACUCGCAGAUAAGGAUGCGGAUGCGAAAGUGGUUGAUAUCAAACCAAGCUCAAAUUAUAACAAAAAGUAUUUGCAAAUUUUUGGAAACGAUGCGGCAACGGAAUCUGCGCGUAAAACGAAACUCAACAGGACAUACGGAUAUGUCCCCAGCGAAAACAAAAAAGAUGUACGCUCGAUUGAGCAAACGAUGGCAGACAUUUCAGCAAAGAAACGGUUCAAAGCCCAACAUCAUCAUCCGGAGCCACCUGUGCUAUAAUCUACAAAACAA